CUGGAGGGCCGGGUGCGCCAGGCCGUGGGGAGGGAUCGAGGGAGGGAGGAGCGGUCCCCGAGUGCUCGUAACUGCGCCCCUGUCGGGCGCGUUGUGACCCCGGCUAGAGCCCACUCUGUUGCUUCCCGGCGCGCGCUUGUGAAGUAAGGGCGCGACCAGCGCCUCUGCCCUGCCUGCGCUCCUGCCAGGACUCCGCGUGAAUCUCCCGCGUCUUGUCCCGGCCCGGCCAGCCUCGGGACGCCUUGUGGACCCGGGGGCUGCGGGGGCCGUCCGCGCUUGAGCCCGGCCGCUACUGCAGGCUCCAAACGCAGACCCAGAGCUUGAGGACGCAGGUGUCCAGUUUUCUUUGACCUUGAAGACCCGGGAAGGUUAUACGCGCCAUGGCUAUGACGGGUGUCAGAUUCCCUGCCAGCGUUCUCAGAAAGCCAGACGCCUGGAUUGGACUUUGGGGCGCGCUGCAAGGGACACCUUCAUCGAAACUCUGUGCUUCCUGGAAUCGAUACUUCUAUUUUUCUAGUACCCAGUUAAACACAUCAAAUUGUAAAACGUUCCUCCGUAACAUUUUCUCGCUGAGACUCCCAGGCCUUGUAGUAUCUCCAGAAUAUAUUUUCCCCCUUUCCAUAAGACUUAAGAGUAAUGUAAGCUCUAAGAAGUCCACCAAGAAGACUCUGCAGAAAGCCGAGGAUGACGAGGACUCUGAGGAAGAGAGUGACCAUGAGAUGAGUGAGCAAGAAGAGGGGCUCGAGGAAGACCCCAGUGUGGUCAAAGACUACAAAGACCUGGAGAAAGUGGUGCAGUCUUUUCGGUACGAUGUCAUCCUCAAGACAGGCCUAGAUGUCGGGAGAAACAAAGUGGAAGAUGCAUUCUACAAAGGUGAGCUCAGGCUGAAUGGGGAGAAAUUGUGGAAGAAAAGCAGAACGGUGAAAGUGGGAGAUACAUUGGAUCUUCUGAUUGGAGAGGAUAAAGAAGCAGAAACAGAGACAGUAAUGAGGGUUCUCCUGAAAAAAGUGUUGGAGGAGAAAACAGAAAGUGAAAAGUACAGAGUGGUGUUACGCCGGUGGAAAAAGUUAAAGUUGCCUAAAAAGAGUAUGUCUAAAUAAAUGGAUUGCUUUAUAUUAAUAAAACUUCUUUCUAGUGAUGGAGGGAAGGGCCAGCUUCAAAAGAGGACAUUUUUAUUCAAAUAAAGUCACCUCACCUUUA